CUCGCACCAUGAAACUCCCGGUGACUCCCACGGGCCAGAGAGCGGCUCUUCUGCCGCUGUGUCUGCUCCUCCUCAAGACCGGGCUGCCAGUGCAGAGCUACAGCUACAACAACCGCUACUCCGGGUGAAGAAUUAAAGCACUCAGAAGCAAAGAUUCAGUGUGUGGUAGGAGCGUCUUCCAUCCAAGAGACAUCUGGUUCCUUGGCAGCCUUCACAGGCUUUUGUCUCCUCGGCUCUAAAUUAGUCCUUUGAAUCUGCCAUGUGCUUUAACUACUGAUGGGCCCUCUGGACUGCCAUGUGCUCCUGGUUGCCAUUGCUUUACACAUUUACCUAUUACUUUAGCCUUAUCCCGAAUGAGAGAGGAUCUCUGCAAAGGCAGAAAGUCAUCGUCACAUCCUGUGGCCAGAGCAUUUCCUCCUCUGCCCUCCUGUCCCCCCACAAAACAGAAUUUCCAGGCAUGGGCAAGUCAAAUGCUAGAUUUGCCUUUUAUAGAUUUCAUAGAUGAACAAGAGCAUUCUAAUCAGUCAGUGACUGGAUUUAACUUCUCAGUCACAUGGCUCCCUUCAGCCAAAAUAGUCAUCAGUGAUCUUUAAUUUUACAUGCCCAUCUUGAUUUAGAGGAGCACAUAGUCAUCUAAAGUCCUUUGAAGGAGAAGCAGUGGUGCAACUCUGAAAAUGAACUCUUACGUGUCAAGCUGGGCCACCAAAAACCAGAGACCAUUUUGACCCAAAACAUCUGCAGUUGUUCUUGACUUGUUUUGUUGAGUAGAUGGAAUCAAGUUGUGAUAAAGUAAUACGACUUGUUCCAGAGAGCGAGAGAGAAGCACAAGCAUUGAAUGCCAUAUUUCACCAGCUCAAGGUGGAUCUGUGGCAGCCCAGCAGCAUCUUCCACAUCUCAGUGGAUACAGUCACAGAUGUACAUGUUCCAAGGAACAGGUCACAAAUCCUGCUAUCCUACCUGCAACAAGCAAACAUCAAAUACAAAAUCAUCAUCUCUGAUCUACAGAAAGCGGUAGAAAAACAAAGUGGUUUGCGAUCAUAUAGGCAUCGUAGAUCAGUACCAGGAUAUAACUAUGAAGUAUAUCACUCACUGGGAGAAAUUCAAAGUUGGAUGUAUCAUCUGAACAAAACCCAUUCAAAUCUUAUUCAUAUGUUCUCUAUUGGAAAAUCAUAUGAAGGGAGACCUCUGUUUGUACUAAAGUUAGGUAAAAGAUCACGGCCUUACAAGAGAGCUGUCUGGAUAGACUGUGGCAUUCAUGCAAGAGAAUGGAUUGGUCCUGCCUUCUGCCAAUGGUUUGUAAAAGAAGCUCUUCACACAUACCAGAGCGAUCCCGCCAUGAGAAGGAUGCUAAAUCAGCUGUAUUUCUACAUCAUGCCAGUAUUUAACGUGGAUGGAUAUAAUUUCAGCUGGACCAAUGACCGAUUUUGGAGAAAAACAAGGUCAAAGAACUCACAGUUUCGUUGCCAUGGUGUAGAUGCUAAUCGGAACUGGAAAGUGAAAUGGUGUGAUGAGGGGGCUUCCCUUCACCCAUGUGAUGACACAUACUGUGGUCCUUUUCCUGAGUCCGAGCCUGAAGUAAAGGCUGUAGCUCACUUUCUUCGCAAGCGCCAGAAACAAAUAAAGGCCUAUCUGUCCUUUCAUGCAUAUGCUCAGAUGUUGCUGUACCCAUACUCCUACAAGUAUGCAACGAUUCCAAAUUUCAGUUGUGUGGAAUCUGCAGCUUAUAAUGCUGUUAAUGCUCUUCAGUCCGCUUACGGUAUAAGAUACAGAUAUGGCCCAGCUUCUAGCACUUUGUAUGUGAGCUCUGGUAGUUCUAUGGACUGGGCCUACAAAAAUGGCAUCCCCUAUGCAUUUGCAUUUGAGCUGCGUGACACCGGCCAUUUUGGAUUUUUACUUCCUGAGACUCUCAUCAAACCCACUUGUACAGAGACCAUGCUAGCAGUUAAAAAUAUAACUAUGCAUUUGCUAAAGAAGUGUCAUUAAGAGUUAUAUUUAGGAUCCAGAACUUAACUAAGGUUUUACUUCAGGUGUUCAUUAAAUAGACACUGUCAAGUCAUUGCAAUUCUAAAUCUGACAUUUUAAAACUGUGGCUCUCAGAAAAUGUGGUAAUUAUUCUACCUUAGAGGGUUGGAAGGUGAAAUUCCUUUCAACUUCUACGAUCCAGAAGUCCUACUAAGUUAAUGUGUCACAUCUGUAGUUUGUUCACAGCAAAAUACUCUGUCCUUAUUAGCAAUGUAAGGUUUUGAAUCUGAACCACUGAAAUAGUGGAAUUUUUGCCACUAACUUCAGUUGGAGAAAGAUUCUGUCCACAAUACAGUUGUGGAGCCAAAUUCUGGCAGGUUCCCCACAUUGAAGACUGCAAGGUAACCCACACACAGAACUAUGGGGCACAAUUAGCUACCCUAUUCCUUCCAUUCUCCCAUACAUUACAGCAUCAGUAGGAACCAUGGAGGAACAUUCCAGAGUGCUGUCUAUGGGUCAAUAUAGUUCAUAAGUUUCUUACAUGUAUGUCCCUGAGCAAGGCAUUGGACUGUCUACAUCAGUGUUUCUCAGCCUGUGGUAUAAGUCUGGGGGGUACAUCAACCCAACUGAAAUUUGGAGAAAGCAGAAUUUUUGUUUUAAGUUUUACAGUGCUUCAUUAUUUUUGUACUUUUUACA